ACACACUCAGCACAGGAUGGGAUGGGAAAGUGGGGGGAGCCGGGGCGGGGCCAGGGACGGCCCCUGCCGAUCAGCUGUUCGCUGGAUUCUAUAACAACAAAAGACUCAGCCGGGAGCCGAGACAGGCCGACGCAACAGGGAGCCUUGAAGGAACUGAGGGGACCGCCGCCCUGCCGCCACCUACCUCAGUAGCCGCCGUCCAGCUUCAUUCUAACCAGACCUUCGCAGGACGGUUUUUGUAGCAACUGUUUACAAACCAUGCCUCUCCGCACCCAGUGCCUCAGCUGAUAAAGUUUUUAUGCACUUUAAUCUUCUACCUGCACCCUUAAACUUUGGUACGCUGUGGAGUGGUACCUCAUCUUGUGGGCACAAACAAGUGCUAGCCACAGUCUUGUUUCGUCUUAGUAAUGUUCCAGAGGCUGAAUAAUAUGUUUGUGGGAGAACUCAGUAAUUUGCCCAGCCAAGAACCAGAGUUCAGUGAGAAAGAAGAAGAAGAAGAGUGGAUUCUGGUAGACUUUAUCGAUUCCUGUUCAAACUUCUCUACGGUGGAUGAAGAUGAGGAGGAGGAAGUGGAUGAUAUCUGCAAACCACCUCCUGAUGACCACUCACCCAUCUUCUCUUGUCUGCCUGAUUCCUUGGACUGCUUGGCAGAUGCCAGUGAAUCCUGCUUCAUCCAAUUAGACUCGUGCCCCAUGGAAGAGAGCUGGUUCAUCACUCCCCCUCCAUGUUUUACAGCAGGUGGUUUAACCACUCUCAAAGUAGAAACCAGCCCACUGGAAAAUCUGCUCAUUGAACAUCCCAGCAUGUCUGUAUAUGCAAUCCAUAAUACCUGCCACAACCUCAGCAAGAACAAUUGUGAUGAAAAAGAAGAACAGGAGGAGGAACAGGAGGAGGAGGAAGUGGAGUCCCACGAUGAAAGCAAUCAAAGAUCCGAAGCCCAAAGCAAAAUGGGCCAACACGUCCAAUGCUACAUUGCUGCACUUGCUGCUCAUUCAACUUUUCUUGAACAAAGUACCAAGAGUUUUCGUCCUUCCCAGUGGAUAAAAGAGUUCAGCGAAAGACAAUCCCUGAACAGAAACUGUCUCCGUCGCCAAAAUCUCACCAGGGAUCCCUACGCACGACAACUCAAGAGCAGCGGAUUUUUUGUUCACCAGCCUUGCCAGCGUCAGUAUAAUUACUGAGAGUGUUUUGCAUUUUUCUCCCCAGAAAUAAUAUUUGUUAACUAUUGUGAGACAAUGAAGGUGAGAACUGUCAUAGGAUGCUCGUGGGUUGUUUUUACACAAUCACUUGAGUGUUACAAUUCAGUUGAAAACCACUUUGAUUUCAGUGUCACAAAAUGCCUUUUCAAUGUUUUGUUUGUAGCAGGUAAACAUAUACAGUAUGUGUAGUAAUGUUUGUGUAAUUGUGGCUCUCUGCCUCGUGUCAGAUUUUACAAAUUUUAUUAGGUAUGGAUGGGUUUGUUUGUUUUUUAUAUUAGUAUUUACAGCCAAGUUAUAAGGCCUCUUUCAGCCAUCUUGUAGUUACAGAAUUUCUCAGGGUCACCCAUACACUUGCAAUGAUCUGUGUAUACUGUAGAUUGUCUUUUAAAAUAUUAACAUAACCAUCAAAAUACAGGUGGCCUGAAUGGCAUUAUAUUCCUAAUAUGGAAUUUAUUUUCUAUGUAGCAGUAGAAGGAAGGUGAGGAGAGAAAAAUGUGUACCCUAAUAUCUUUCUACAUAUCUUUCAAAAUCUCUGGUUUAGUAUGGUUUACCAGUUUCCUUUGCAACGGAGGUAUUUUGUAGAAUGUAAUAGACCUACAAAUGAAGAUCAGUGUGAAUCAGGUUUUCCAGUCAUCCUAUUCUUGUAUAAUUAAAUGAUGGGAAUUAUGGUCCAAUAGGGAAAGACUACUUUGAAGAGCAGGAGUAAACUUUUCAUAAAAAGCAGUGAUAAACCAAGUGGGGGAAAAUCCAAAAUCUAUUACUUGAUAAUAGUUAAAGACCAUUGAAAUAUAACCCAAUGUUUUCUAGAACUCUCAAUUAGGCAAAAAGCUACAAAAAUGGAAAAGGGAGGAAGUAAGAAAGUUCCAGAAUUAGGCCAGAUGUCUCAAGUUUCAGACUUGCAGCUUGAAGUCCGUCCCAAGAUGAUUAUAUAUUGAGUAUAGAUUCACUGUUGAGUUUUAUUGGUUUCAGGUUACACCUGAUUUCCAUAGACAAAGAAAAUGGUAUGAAAAUACAAAAAUUAUCCCUGUGGCAAAGAGCAGAUAAAAUGAAACAUUCCUUCUUAUUAUUAACAAAGCUAGAGAGUAAUUUUCCUCGGUGCGGUGGUCUAAAGUCAAUUACGUAAAACAAUGUAAUAUUACUUAGUGACUAUUUUACACAGAACAUUUAAUCAAAGGUUCUGGAAACUUGUUGAGGUUAAUAGGGCUGAAAUGCAUAACUCUUCUGCCCUGGUUUAUUUGAAUCAUUGCCUGCGGUGGGUGUUGCAUUUUUCAAAAUCCUCUUUUAUUUAAAUGUGAGGUACAGAAUGCUUUUUCUUCAGGUUUUAUUAAUUGAGGUUAGGCCAAAAGCUGCCCCUUCAAUUUUGAACUGAUUUAUAAACAUGAUCUGCCACAUUGCAGUCCAUUAGAUUCAACCUACACCAGAUUGAUUAUAUUUCUUUUUUUAAGAAACUGCAAUUCACAGCUGCCUUCUCAAAAGACACUACGGGAAUAUAGUCUAUAAAAGAUAUGGAUAAUUGCUGACGUAGAAAUCUGAAAUUCCUCUGGCUGUUGUUUCCUAGGCAACCCAAAUUUGUCACUAUAAUUGUGUGUUCCUCACUUAAGUGUAACUAACUUUUCCUUGAUAUUCUAAAAAAAGAAUCAUGCUUUUAUACAGACACUAAUUGUCAAAUAUCCCAAAAGAAGAGUCCAAAGAAUUUACAAGCAAUUUAAAACCACAGAUGGCAAAGUUCAGUAGCUUUUUGUUUGUUUUCUGGCUGUCCCCACAUUUUUUUUGGAUAUAUAUUUGAAUUUGCCAUUUGGCUUCCAGGAUUCAGGAGAGAUGUUUCUCUAUUAAAUUUCUGUGAUUUGAAUCUUGAAUCCUGUUGUUCAGUUUCUAGAAACUGCUAAAGCAUUCCUUGUUUUAGUAGUCACUCAGGACCUUUCAUCUGUCCAAUUCACAGCACCAUCACUGUAUUCCCCCCCCCCCAAAAUAACAACUCAGGAACCCCUUUCAAGUUCAGUUUGGAUUUUAAAUUAAGUGAAAUAAUGUACUGUACCAGCAAGUGACUCUUAGCCAACUUCAUCUCCUCCCCCCCCACCCCCCACCCCCACACAAACUAUUGGAUUCUCAUUGUCUACUUUUAGGAAUUUUAAAAUACAGGCCACAUUUAUUUCCGUAUUCCUGAUUUAGCAAGAAUUUGAAGUUAGGACUUCUAAUUGAGAGGUACAUUUGCUGUCUUUACUGGAUAACUUGCUAGUCAUGGGGAAUAAGAAAUUAAGUGCUUGUCAAUUUUUAACAUUGGAAAUAAUGCUAUGGUGAAAGGAAUUUUUACACACAACCUGACUCUUUUCCUUGUAUAUUUAUAUAGCUUGUUUUAUUACGUGCCUGGAACUAUUAGAGUAUUAGAAUUUGUUGCUUUUCAAACAAUGUGUGUUUUGUGGCUAGAAUAUGACUUUUUAUAUAUCUGUAUAUUUUUUUUCCACAAACAAAUGUAAUAACUUGUAAAAAUGAAGGCCUUGUGUUAUGUUGAAUGGUAUUUCAAUAACUUUGCUGGAACUGUUUUUUAUACAUAUUAUAAACAAAACUGUGCCUUUUUCAAUGACUUGUACGCACCAGACUUGAAUUUGAAGAUACAAACAAAGAAGCUUUCUGUUUGGAUAAAUAUUGUAUAUCAGCCUAUGCAUUCUCAGUGGCAGCUUGUUUGUGGAGCCAUUUUCCUUGUGCCUGUGACAGAACUGUUGGUAAGCAAGGUUUGGCCAUCCUGUUGAUACCAUAUACAAGUUACAGUACUUAACAUCUCAAAAUGAUCAGAGCUUGAAUAGUUUCUAUAUCAAGUUCUUGUUCUGGAAUGAAAAGGAAAUACGCAAUACAGUAUGUUAUGAAUAUUGCAAUAUGUUAGGAAAUCCUGUUGUCUAAUGUCAGUUGGUUUUGAUAUAGUACCAUUUCCUUCAUUGAUUUGCCUACAGCAGGGAGCAGUGGGGUAUCUUCAGAAGCAAUGAGUUAGACUUCAGAUUCAUAGCUGUCUUUGGCCUUUGAUCAUGUUGGCUGGAGCUGAGGACUAUUGAAGUUGAGUUGACCCAUAACAUUGCUUAUCUUUCUGCUCAAUCAUAAUCUGCAGUUCUGAUCUUCACCAAUGACAUGUUGCUUGAUAAAAACCAUUUGACUGCUGUGGGUGAGCAAGGAAACACUUUUUUCUCAUACAAUUCUGACGCUUAAACUUUUUUGAUUUUCCAUUCAUUUAAAACUUAACCAUUUUUCUUCUCCUUAUUAGUUUAUUCAUUUACCAACCAAACGGUAUUGCCUUUAUGCUGGUAUUGGUGAAAGUGCAAAAUGCUGUAAAACAGACACUUGUAAAAAGAGGACAUCAGGCCUGUCACUCUUCAGAUGGAUUAUAGGGAGGGGGAACUAGGUUAACAAGCCAUUACAAAGUUGUUCAAACUCAACCAGUUGCUCAAGUUUGCUAGAUUUCUAGCCUGUUAGUUUUCAGUUUCAUUGGAUAGUUUAUUUCUUCCCAUACUUGUAUCUCCACAUAAGCAAUUAACUGUGGCCUAGAAUAGGAAUCUAACUGAAAAUGAAUGACAAAUGAAAAUUAAUUGGAUUUCAUCUGAUUAUUUUUCCAUUUAUUUUGAAAAUGCAUGGAACUCAUUUCUCAUUUUUACAAUGAUCUGUUCCUAUGAAGAAGAAAAGUUUUUGCCAGGUGAUUCCAUAUUUCAAUGUGUAUGCGCAAAAAGAUAAUAUUCCUAUAUUUAGAAAACCAGAGUGGUUAGUAGAAAUUUUCCACGCUGUCCCAAUUUAUUAAGCUCAGGACACAUGUAUAUAGACUGUACCCAAAGCAGCUACUUUAUGGUUAUGUAUACAUACAGUACUGUGCUAGGCUAGGAGUAAGCAGUCUCUGGCCACAUGUCUAUCAUGCCUCAUUUUGGGGUCUUUUUUAUGUUUAGCUGCUCAAUUUUGGUGGCUAGGAUUUUUGCUGAACAAUACAAUGGCAUUGAAGCAUUUACCUCCCCAGUGGCUGUACACUUCCUUAAACAUAUCCAAACCACUUAAUCCACCAACAAAUGGUCCAGGAACCUUUGGCCAUGUCCUAUCAUGUGAUGUAAUGUUACAUUAACAGAACCUCCCCUGUAUCUGCUGGCCUGUCAGGAAGGUUGGAUUGCUGCCUAAAGAAAAAUUGGAUACCAGUGUGUUUGUCAAUACUACAGUUUGGUUUGGCAUAUCCAAUAAACUAAAUCCAUUGGGUACCUUAACAUGUAUGAAUCACUCAAUCUUACCUAUAGAAAGUGGUGUCUUUUGAGCUGUCUUUAUAGGCUGUUUUUUUAUUGGUAUAUUAAUGGUAAAAUAUUGGCCUGACUGAAUUUGGACACAUUAUCAAUGUGAAUUGUUGCUUUCUAUUACACUGAAAGAAUAACCAGACCAGGACUUUUGUAAUGAAAGCCUUGUUUCGGAUCAGUUUCUCUCCCAUCUAUGUGUUGUUAUAUUUUGGGCAACAACAUCAUGGUGUCACUUGGUCAUGGUUUGGAUUCCUUUGGGCCACAAUGCUGGUCUACAGUGCCGUUCUAGAGUAAUUUCUUCUGUGAAUUCAUCACAUUACCACUCUGCCAGUUUUGACAGAGGCACAGAUAUUUUCACAUUCGCACAGCGUUGUAGGCUAGCAAUCUUAACAGGUCAAAUAAAAGGGUUUUAAGGGUCUCCAGGAAAAAAAGGGAAAUUCAUCGUAGUAACCCAUCUUAAGUAUUUUGUUUCAUAAUGUGCUCUGGAGAAACAGUCAAUAAAAAGGCCAAUUGAUAAGA